GCAUUAAAGUUUUGUCCUUCUUUUCUCUCCCAUUCUCAGGCCAAAAGAAAAUGUCAGACCGGACCACAUUAUCCGGUGUCUCACCGGAGGGAAAGAAGAACGAAGGAGGGAAAACGGAGAGAAAAGUUCCCCUGUUUAAGUUGUUCUCUUUCGCUGACUCCUAUGAUUAUGUUUUAAUGGCCAUUGGAUCUGUCGGUGCAUGUGUUCAUGGCGCUUCUGUUCCUGUUUUCUUCGUCUUCUUCGGAAAGAUGAUCAAUAUCAUAGGUCUGGCUUACCUCUUUCCUCGACAAGCUUCUCAUCAAGUUGCCAAGUACUCCUUGGAUUUUGUUUAUCUGAGUAUAGCAAUCUUGUUUUCGUCUUGGACAGAGGUGGCAUGUUGGAUGCACACUGGAGAACGACAAACAGCGAAGAUGAGAAUGGCUUAUUUAAGAUCAAUGUUGAAUCAAGAUAUAAGUUUAUUUGAUACAGAGGCGUCAACCGGGGAGGUUAUUUCUGCAAUUUCCGGUGAGAUCCUCGUUGUUCAAGAUGCUCUGUCUGAGAAGGUAGGAAAUUUCUUGCACUACAUAAGCCGAUUCGUGGUGGGAUUUAUCAUUGGGUUUGUCAGAAUAUGGCAGAUCAGUCUAGUCACACUUGCGAUUGUUCCCUUGAUUGCCAUCGCCGGAGGCCUUUAUGCUUAUGUUACCGUCGGACUUAUUGCCGAAGUCCGAAAAGCCUACGUUAGGGCUGGUGAAAUCGCCGAAGAGGUGAUAGGAAAUGUCAGAAUGGUUCAGGCGUUUGCGGGAGAAGAGAGAGCGGUGAGAUCAUACAAAGCGGCACUUGUGAACACUUAUAAGAAUGGCCGAAAAGCAGGUUUGGCAAAGGGUCUUGGACUAGGUUCCAUGCACUGUGUCCUGUUUCUGUCAUGGGCCCUGCUUAUUUGGUUCACUAGUGUUAUUGUUCACAAGAACAUCGCCAACGGAGGCGAGUCUUUUACUACCAUGCUCAAUGUUGUCAUCUCUGGACUGUCGCUUGGGCAGGCAGCACCAGAUAUAUCUGCAUUCAUCCGAGCUAAGGCAGCGGCUUAUCCCAUUUUUGAGAUGAUAGAAAGGGAAACAGUAAGCAAAAUCAGCUCAAAAACUGGUCGCAAAUCAAGUAAAUUGGAUGGUCACAUCCAACUUAAAGAUGUCUGUUUCAGUUAUCCAUCUCGUCCUGAUAUAGUUAUUUUCAACAAACUCUGUCUUGACAUUCCACCUGCCAAAAUUUUAGCUUUAGUAGGAGGAAGUGGGUCAGGAAAGAGCACUAUUAUAUCACUGAUUGAGCGCUUCUAUGAACCCCUUUCUGGACAAAUACUAUUAGAUGGGAAUGAUAUUCGGGAACUCGAUCUUAAAUGGCUAAGAAGCCAAAUUGGGCUGGUUAAUCAAGAACCUGCCCUUUUUACCACUAGCAUUAGAGAAAAUAUACUGUAUGGAAAAAAUGAUGCUACUCUUGAAGAACUUCAACAUGCCGUGAAGCUUUCAGAUGCUGAGUCUUUCAUUAACAAUCUUCCUGAAAGGUUGGAAACUCAGGUUGGUGAGAGAGGGAUACAACUUUCAGGUGGACAAAAACAAAGGAUUGCAAUAUCUCGUGCCAUUUUGAAGAACCCAUCAAUCCUUUUAUUGGAUGAAGCUACCAGUGCUCUGGAUGCGGAAUCUGAGAAGAGUGUACAAGAAGCUCUUGAUCGCGUCAUGGUUGGUAGAACAACUGUCAUAGUGGCACACAGACUUUCUACAAUUAGGAAUGCAGAUAUGAUUGCUGUUGUUCAGGGAGGGAGAAUUGUAGAAAUUGGUAACCAUGAGGAGCUUAUUUCUAACCCAAAUGGCGCUUACGCAUCUCUUGUUCAACUCCAGGAGAAAGCUUCUUCGCAAGGUCACCAGCCAGAGGGUUCUGCUCCCAAUGUGGCAGCAAGGUACUCAAGAGAAUUCUCGUGUACAACGAGCCUUAGCGGUAGUUUUCGGUCAGAUGAAGAAUCUUUAGGUCGCGUUUGUGCUGAUGAAGUGGAAAGUGAAGACAAGUCAAGUCAUGUUUCUGUAAAAAGGCUGUAUUCAAUGGUUGCACCUGACUGGUUUUAUGGGGUUUUUGGCACCUUCGGUGCAUUUAUUGCUGGAGCUCAAAUGCCACUUUUUGCUCUUGGAAUCUCUCAUGCUCUUGUGUCAUACUAUAUGGACUGGGAUACAACACGUCACGAGGUUAAAAAAAUCACUUUCCUAUUCUGUGGGGCAGCAAUAGUGACUGUUAUUGCCCAUGCCAUUGAGCAUCUUUCUUUUGGAAUCAUGGGCGAGCGACUUACUCUUCGUGUACGAGAAAUGAUAUUUUCUGCUAUUUUGAAAAAUGAAAUUGGCUGGUUUGAUGACACAAACAACACAAGUUCUAUGCUAUCAUCUCGUUUAGAGGCAGAUGCAACUUUAUUCCGAACUAUAGUUGUUGACCGGUCUACAAUUCUCUUACAGAAUGUUGGUCUGGUUGUUGCCUCGUUUAUUAUUGCCUUCAUGUUGAACUGGAGAUUAACACUAGUUGUCUUGGCCACAUACCCUUUGAUCAUUAGUGGUCACAUCAGCGAGAAACUUUUUAUGAAAGGCUAUGGUGGCAACUUGAGCACUGCAUAUCUGAAAGCCAACAGGCUGGCUGGGGAAGCUGUCAGUAACAUGCGUACUGUUACUGCAUUUUGUUCUGAAGAAAAGGUCCUAAAACUUUAUGCUGAUGAGCUCGUCCAGCCUUCUAAGCUUUCAUUUAAACGGGGACAAAUUGCUGGCAUAUUCUAUGGCAUUUCGCAGUUCUUCAUUUUCUCUUCUUAUGGCCUUGCCUUGUGGUAUGGUUCAGUUUUGAUGGAAAAGGAGCUGUCUAGCUUCAAAUCCGUCAUGAAGUCAUUUAUGGUUCUAAUCGUAACUGCAUUGGGCAUGGGGGAGACAUUGGCGUUGGCUCCGGACCUUUUGAAAGGGAACCAAAUGGUCACCUCAGUUUUUGAAGUGAUGGAUAGAAAGUCAGGAAUAGUGGCCGAUGCCGGAGAAGAGCUUAAGAUAGUUGAGGGAACAAUCGAGCUAAAAAGCAUCCAUUUCAGUUACCCUUCAAGGCCUGAUGUAGUAAUUUUUGAAGAUUUUAAUCUGAAAGUGCCUUCAGGCAAGAGUAUUGCCUUAGUGGGACAAAGCGGUUCUGGGAAAAGCUCUAUCAUCUCCCUUAUACUCAGAUUUUAUGAUCCAUCGUCUGGGAGAGUGAUGAUUGAUGGAAAAGACAUCAGGAGACUCCAUUUGAAGUCUUUAAGGAAGCAUAUUGGUCUGGUGCAACAAGAACCCGCUCUUUUUGCAACAUCAAUCUAUGAAAACAUUCUCUAUGGAAAGGAAGGAGCUUCUGACUCAGAGGUAAUUGAAGCAGCUAAGCUUGCCAAUGCGCACAGUUUCAUCAGUUCUCUUCCGGAUGGUUACACUACCAAAGUUGGCGAACGAGGCGUACAACUCUCUGGUGGCCAGAGACAAAGGGUAGCCAUAGCCAGAGCUAUUCUAAAGAACCCAGAAAUCUUGCUACUAGAUGAAGCCACUAGUGCACUUGAUGUGGAAUCUGAGCGUGUGGUGCAACAAGCUCUGGACAGAUUGAUGCAGAACAGGACAACAAUUAUGGUGGCACACAGGCUAUCCACAAUAAGAAAUGCAGAUGAAAUCUCAGUUUUGCAGAACGGGAAGAUAAUAGAGCAAGGGACUCAUUCAAGUCUUAUAGAGAACAAAAAUGGAGCAUAUUUUAAAUUAAUCAAUCUGCAACAAUGCCAGUGACUAUAAAAUAUUAAAAAUAUACAACAGAAUGGCCUACAAAAGCUUUACUGUAAUUUUGCAUUAUUUCCUGUCCUCAUAAAGAUGGGUAUCUGUCUCUGUAUGUAGGAGAUAAAUGUUAGAAGUUUUAAAAAUAUAAAAGGGCUAUUUAUGUUUCAGUUCUUCA